CUUUAAUUGCUUUAAUCUAGAUUUAUCUCCAUUGGGUAUCCUGGGAUUUUUUUUUUAUUUUAUCCGCGGUAUCCUGGUUUCGUAUCUGGGUUUGGGUCCAAUUUUCUUUCUUUUUUUUGGUAAAUAGUUUGGGUCGAAUUUUUGGUUGAGCGAUCGAGGGUUUGCAUGAUUGGGGAUUUUGUGCCUGUAGUUGUAAUUCGUCUUAUUGUUACCUUGACUGAAAUUCGGAGGAAAGAAUUACUGUGCUUUAUACUCAAUUUUACCAUUUUCUCUCCUCUCUCUCUAAACCAAACAAGACGAUGGAAAUUUUAUUGUUGCGGGGGCUCUUUAUAACCGACGAGAAUAUGUAGAGACCCAACAAAGUUUUCGGCCAUUUGAGAAAAACGAACUUGUGUAACUUAUGAGUGUAGUUGAAAUGACAAUGUAGAAAUGGAUGUUGGAUGCACUGGAUUACGCCGGUAUGUAGCUUUUGUCGGCUGGGUCCGAAUUCGCUGAUAUAUAUUGGUGCUUAAAACCUUGUUCAGCCAGAUAAGUCAUCUUUUGUACAGUUUGUGAAAUGGAGCUUUGAAUCUGAUGAUUACCCGGAGGCCUUGGUUGUAUUGAACCCAUGCGAUGGAAAUUUCAAAUGAAUCACCUGCUAAGAAGCCAAAGAGGUUGACAUCUAUUGUAUGGAAUCACUUUGAACGGGUAAAAAAUGUUGACAUCUGUUAUGCGGUUUGUGUACAUUGUAAAAAGAAACUUAGCGGAUCAAGCAAUAGUGGAACUACUCAUCUGAGAAAUCAUCUGAUACGCUGUCUGAAGAGGUCUAAUUAUGACGUUUCUCAAAUACUUGCUGCAAAGAGAAAGAAAAAAGAGGGUGCCCUUGUUGUACCAAAUGUUGGGUACGAGGAAGGGCAAAGAAAAGAGGAAAUUAUUACUCCGAUAAAUUUUAAGUUUGAGCAAGAGCAGAAAAGAGAUGAGACCAUGAACUUGGGAGCCAUAAGCCUUGGAAGUGCGAAGUUUGAUCAAGAGCGGAGCCGGCUAGAUCUCGCUCGUAUGAUCAUGUUACAUGGUUAUCCGCUCGACAUGGUUGAGCAUGUUGGAUUCAAAAUAUUUGUAAAGAAUCUUCAACCCAUGUUUGAGAUUAUGAGUAAUGGUGCCAUUGAGCAAGACUGUAUGGCAAUUUAUGGGAAAGAGAAAGAGAAAGUGUACAAGACAUUACAUGGUUUGCAUGGGAGAAUUAGCCUUGCUGUUGAUAUGUGGGCUUCACCUGAAAAUGCAGUUUAUUUAUGUUUGACCGCAAACUAUGUUGAUGAGGAGUGGAAGCUACAGAAGAAGAUACUGAACUUUGUCACCUUGGAUAUUUCGCAUAAUGAUGACAUACUUUCGGAAACUAUUAUCAAGUGCGUAAUGGAUUGGGAUGUUGACCGGAUGUUGUUUUCCAUGACAUUUGAUGAUUUUUUCACGAAUGAUGACGUUGUUUUUAAAAUCAAAGACUGGCUUUCUCAAAACAAGCCUCUUCUGAAGAAUGGUCAGUUGUUUGACGCACGUUGCGCAGCACAUGUUCUGAAGUCUAUUGCUUUGGAUUCCGUGGAAGCACUUCAUGAUGUCACCCACAAAGUUCGAGAAAGUAUUAGGUAUGUUAAAAGUUCACAAGCAACCCAAGGAAAGUUCAAUGAGAUUUCUCAGCAACUUGGAAUCAAUAAUCACAAGUGCUUGUUUACUGACUGUACAACGCAGUGGAAUUCAACCUAUCUCAUGCUUGACACAGCCCUAGAGUAUAAGGCUGUGUUUUCUGUAUUGCAAGAACAUGAUGUUGGCUACACGAUGGCUCUAUCGGAGAGGGAGUGGGAAUGGGCGAGUGCUGUCACUGGCUACUUGAAGCUUUUUGUUGAAGUUAUGACUGUCUUCUCAGGAAACAAAUACCCUACUGCAAAUAUUUAUUUUCCAGAGAUUUGUGAUGUAAACGUCCAAUUGAUUGAAUGGUGCAAGAGCCCAGAUGAUUUUGUUAGUUCUUUGGCAUUAAAGAUGAAAUCCAAGUUUGAUAACUACUGGAGCAAGUGCAAUUUGGCUUUAGCAGUAGCAGCCAUCUUGGAUCCACGAUUCAAGAUGAAAUUGAUAGAGUAUUACUAUCCACAAAUCUAUGGCAGUGAUGCCCCAGAUUACAUCAAGGAAGUUUUGAGUAGUAUUAAGGAACUUUUCAAUGAGUAUUCUAUGUGCUCAUCUUCACUUGAUCAAGAUUCAAAGCCUGGGAGCAACUUACCUAGUACAAGUAAUGGGACUAGAGAUGGACUAAGGGGAUUUGACAAGUUCCUAAAUGAAACUUCACAGGGUCAAAGCAUAACAUCAGACUUGGACAAAUAUCUAGAGGAACCGGUGUUUCCACGUAAUUAUGAUUUUGACAUAUUGAAUUGGUGGAAAGUGCACACGCCAAGAUACCCUAUUCUAUCUAUGAUGGCACGUGAUGUUCUGGGGAUUCCUUUGUCAACUCUUGGACCAGACUUGGUAUUCAGCCUUGGGGGCAGGGUACUUGACCAUCACCGUAGUUCACUUAAUCCAGAUAUUAGAGAAGCUUUGAUAUCCGGCCAGGAUUGGUUGCGGAUGGAAUCAGAAGAAACCAACCGAUCUUCAAGCCAUUCGGCUAUGGCCCUACUUAUCGAAAACUAGCGUCCAUGGUUGGUGAUCCUAUUGUAUGACGGUGUGUGAUUCUUUCCAGUUUAGGCCUUCCAAUGCUGGGGUAGAGCUUUUAGGUGAACUUCUGCUUUAUGUGUCCGAAUUUUGCACCGACUAGAUGUCCCGUUGCUUACUUCGUGGUGAUGUUUUUCGUUUCUCAAACUUUAACCUGAACAGCUUAAGUUCUGAAUAGGAUGAUAGGAUGCAAUUCAGAGGCCUGUAAUAGAGGGGGAAAAAGCACUACUCUUUUCGGGCAUUUUACAGCCAAAUCCUGUCACAGAGGCAAAGCAUUCCUUAUUUUACAGUUUGCAUGAUUGAAGUAUUGGCAGUGAUCA